GACUUGAAGGCGGCGGCUCAGGACACGGCGUUGGCGCGGACUUCUUCGUCGCGUCCCGGGAGCGGUGCUCCAGGAGCGCUGCGGUCCUCCGCGGGGCGAGGCGGCGGACGACGGAGACAGAUCCGCGCGGCUGCGCCCCUGCCUCGCUUCCCCAGUACCCGCGGCGGUGGCUGCAGCCACGACCACAGCCCUGCUCCCCUUGAAAAUGGAGAAGAUGCUGGUGGGGUGCUUGCUAAUGCUUGGGCAGUUGGUUCUCCUUCUGCCAGCCGGAGCCAGAGAUCAUCCCCAAGCCAGGUUUCCCUCCAGAGGCCGCCAUGUCCGGACGCAUCCUCAGACUGCACUGCUGGAGAGCUCCUGUGAGAAUAAGCGGGCAGAUCUGGUGUUCAUCAUCGACAGCUCCCGAAGUGUCAACACCCAUGACUAUGCAGAGGUCAAGGAGUUCAUUCUGGAUAUCCUGCAGUUCUUGGAUAUUGGUCCUGAUGUUACCCGCGUGGGCCUGCUCCAGUAUGGCAGCACAGUCAAGAAUGAGUUCUCCCUGAAGACCUUUAAGAGGAAAUCUGAGGUGGAGAGAGCUGUCAAGAGGAUGAGGCAUCUGUCCACAGGCACCAUGACAGGGCUGGCCAUACAGUAUGCCCUCAACAUCGCUUUCUCAGAAGUAGAGGGGGCCCGGCCCUUGCGGGAGAAUGUGCCACGGAUCAUCAUGAUUGUGACCGAUGGGAGACCUCAGGACUCAGUGGCUGAGGUGGCGGCAAAGGCCCGGGACACAGGCAUCCUGAUCUUUGCCAUUGGUGUGGGUCAGGUGGACCUGAACACGCUAAAGGCCAUUGGGAGUGAGCCCCACAAGGACCACGUCUUCCUGGUGGCCAAUUUCAGCCAGAUCGAGUCUUUGACCUCAGUGUUCCAGAACAAGCUGUGCGCGGUCCACAUGUGCAGCGUCUCGGAACACAACUGUGCCCACUUCUGCAUCAACACACCCGGCUCAUACACCUGCAGGUGCAGGCAGGGGUACGUCCUCAACGCGGACCAGAAGACUUGCACAAUCCAGGAUCUGUGUGCCACAGAGGACCAUGGCUGUGAGCAGCUGUGUGUGAACGUGCCGGGUUCCUUCGUCUGCCAAUGCUACAGUGGCUACGCCCUGGCCGAGGACGGGAAGCGAUGUGCAGCUGUGGACUACUGCGCCUCAGAAAAUCAUGGAUGUGAACAUGAGUGUGUAAAUGCUGAAAGUUCCUACCUGUGCCGGUGCCAUGAGGGAUUUGCUCUUAACCCAGAUAAGAAAACAUGCACAAAGAUAGACUACUGUGCCUCUUCUAAUCAUGGAUGUCAGCACGAGUGUGUUAAUGGCCAGAAGUCUGCUUUCUGCCGCUGCCUGAAAGGCUUCAUGCUGAAUCCAGACCGGAAAACCUGCCGAAGAAUCAACUACUGUGCCCUGAACAAACCAGGCUGUGAGCACGAGUGUGUCAACACAGAGGAGGGCCACUACUGCCGCUGCCGUCGGGGCUAUACUCUGGACCCCAAUGGCAAGACCUGCAGCCGGGUGGACCACUGUGCACAGCAGGACCAUGGCUGUGAGCAGCUGUGCCUGAACACGGAGGAAUCCUUUGUCUGCCAGUGCUCGGAAGGCUUCCUCAUCAACGAUGACCUCAAGACCUGCUCCAGGGUGGAUUACUGCUUGCUGAGUGACCAUGGUUGUGAAUACUCCUGUGUCAACACAGACAGAUCCUUUGCCUGUCAGUGUCCUGAGGGUCACGUGCUCCGCAGCGACGGGAAAACGUGUGCAAAACUGGACUCUUGUGCUUUGGGGGACCAUGGCUGUGAACAUUCAUGUGUAAGCAGUGAAGACUCAUUCGUGUGUCAGUGUUGAGGGUACAUCCUCCGUGAUGAUGGGAAGACCUGCAGAAGGAAAGAUGUCUGCCAGGCUAUAGACCAUGGCUGCGAGCACCUCUGUGUAAACAGUGGCGAAUCAUACAUCUGCAAGUGUCUGGAAGGAUUCAGGCUGGCUGAGGAUGGGAAACACUGUAGAAGGAAGGAUGUCUGCAAGUCAACCCACCACGGCUGUGAGCACAUAUGUGUGAACAACGGAGAUUUUUACACGUGCAGGUGCUCAGAGGGGUUUGUCCUGGCUGAGGAUGGGAGGCGCUGCAAGAGAUGCACUGAAGGCCCAGUUGACCUAGUCUUUGUGAUCGACGGAUCCAAGAGCCUCGGCGAAGACAAUUUUGAGAUUGUGAAGCAUUUUGUCACUGGGAUUAUAGACUCCUUGGCAAUUUCCCCCAAAGCUGCUCGUGUGGGGCUGCUACAGUAUUCCACACAGGUCCGCACAGAGUUCACCUUGAGGGACUUCAGCUCAGCCAAGGACAUGAAGAAAGCUGUGGCUCACAUGAAAUACAUGGGCAAAGGCUCUAUGACCGGGCUGGCCCUGAAACACAUGUUUGAGAGAAGUUUUACCCAAGUAGAAGGGGCCAGGCCCCUCUCCACACGGGUGCCCAGAGUAGCCAUCGUGUUCACGGACGGACGGGCUCAGGAUGAUGUCUCCGAGUGGGCCAGUAAAGCCAAGGCCAAUGGUAUCACUGUGUAUGCUGUUGGGGUAGGAAAAGCCAUUGAGGAAGAACUACGGGAGAUUGCCUCUGAGCCCACCAAUAAGCAUCUCUUCUAUGCCGAAGACUUCAGCACAAUGGGGGAGAUAAGUGAAAAGCUGAAGCAAGGCAUCUGUGAAGCUCUAGAAGACUCUGAUGGAAGACAGGACUCCCCAGCAGGGGAACCACCAAAGCAGGUCCACCAGCCAACAGAAUCUGAGCCAGUCACCAUAAAUAUCCGAGACCUACUUUCCUGUUCUAAUUUUGCAGUGCAACAUAGGUAUCUGUUUGAAGAAGACAAUCAUUCACAGUCAACACAAAGACUCUUCCACUCGACAAAAUCUUCAGGAAGCCCUUUGGAAGAAAGCCAAGACCAAUGCAAAUGUGAAAACCUUAUAAUGUUCCAGAACCUUGCAAAUGAAGAAGUAAGAAAACUAACCCAGCGCUUAGAAGAAAUGACCCAAAGAAUGGAGGCCUUGGAAAACCGCCUACGAUACAGAUGAAGACUGAAAUGCUUUUAUGGAUUUGUACAUCAUCAUAAAAAGAUUUCAAAAACAGUGGUGGAGCCUCAAAGCUCACACCAUAGUUAACUCUGUAAGCUGUAAAGCAAAACACAACCAGUACUGAAGACAAUGGACUGCUCUACAACAACGAGAAAAUGGAGACACAGAGGUGUCCAAAUUCGAUAUUGGGGGAGGUGGGGAAUCCUUCUGAACUCUCAAAAGUUUACUAUGAGAAUAAAUAAAUUGUUCAGUGUUCUGUGA